AUGCCUUUCCUCGGCAUCCUCGACGACACCAAGAUCCCCCAUGUCCCUGGCACGGUGAUACUCGAAGAAGACGCGGCGCACUCACAGGAUGUGACCGGCGGCCUCAAGCAUGGCACAGGAGGAAAUGCACACAUCGUCCUUGUCCCACAGCCUUCCAACGAUCCAAAUGAUCCCUUGAACUGGCCCUACACAAAGAAACUCACAGCGCUGGGCAUCACCUGCUGGGGCUCGGUGCUCUAUGCCGCGGUCGUAAGCGCCAUGCUGAACGCGGCCUUUUUCGAGAUGUCGAUUGAGAUCAACACGACCAUCUCCAAGCUCGUCUUGACUUCAGGCUAUCAGACGCUCGUGGUCGGCGUGACAGGGCCUUUGUUUUCCGCCCUGUCUCGAAAAUGGGGCACUCGACCCAUCUUCUUGCUGGCGUCAAUCUUCUGCUUGAUCGCCGAUAUCGUUGGGUCGUGCGUCACCACUUACGAGGGGGUGCUCGCCUCCCGGAUCCUUCAAGGCUUCGCGAUCGCCCCGUACGAGUCUCUGGUGUUCACCCUCGUCAGCGACAUGUUCUUCGUCCACGAGCGCGGUAUUUACGCCUCGGCCAUCAAUUUCAUCUUGGCUGGAAUUUCCAACCUGACAGGUGUGGUUGCGGGCCCGAUCGCAUCGAACAUUGGAUGGAAGUGGCUCUACUACCUUCUUGUGUUGUUCGGUGGCAUUCAGACGAUUCUCCAAUUCCUCUUCGUCCCGGAGACAAGCUAUGUCCGAGACCGCCGCUACGAGAUCGACGAGCUCAAGAACGACAACCUGCAAGAUCUCGCCGCGCUCGAGUACCAGGACCGACUGGACAUGGAGAAGCCAGGCACCGCCAACCACACCGAGGAAACAGGUGCGAGCGCGAACCCCGGUCCUGCGGAGGCCCACGUAUACCAGAAGAAGACAUUCGUGCAGGAGCUCGCCAUUUUCAGCGGCACCUACUCGAACGAGAACCUCCUCCAGCUCUUCCUGGCUCCGUUCGCCGUGAUUCUCAACGUCGCGGUGUCCUGGAUCCUGAUCAUCAACUCCAUGUUCGUCGUGCUCUACGUGGUCAUCGCCUUUGUGCUGGCCCAGCUGUUUGCCCCACCGCCCUACCUCCUCAGCCCGGCCAGUAUAGGAUACCUGUCGCUCGGCCCCUUCGUGGGCGGCAUCCUCGGCUCCAUCAUCAUGGGCGCGCUCUCCGACCGGUUCAUCAAGUGGUGCGCGCGCCGCAACAACGGCGUCUACGAGCCCGAAUACCGCCUGAUCCCCUGUCUGGUCGGCGUCUGCGCGGGCGUGGGACUCAUGCUGUUCGGGCACCUCGUCUCCGAAGGCGCGUCGCCGUACGCGUGCGCGACGGUGCACGGCCUCAUGCUCUUCGGCGUCAUGUUUGUGUGCAUCGGCACGUCGAACUACGCGCUCGACGCCUACCGCGGCAUGGCCAACGAGAUCUUCAUCGCCAGCAUGGCGGUCAAGAACCUCAUCCUGUUCGGGUUCAGCUAUUUCGUCAACAACUGGACCGCCGAGGUCGGGGCCCAGCAUGCCUUUUACGUGUGGGGCAGCGUGGCUUUUGGGCUCGUCGCGACAGUCCCCGUCAUGUAUGUCUUGGGGAAGAAGUACCGCAGUUACUGGGCGAGGAACAAUCUGCUGGAGAAGAUGCAUGUGCGGACGCAUGAAGAGUAG